AUGUCGAUUUCGGAGGGAGGGCUGCCUGUUUCGGGCCCUGUUUCGUCGCCGCCGUAUAUCGCCGGCUUGGAGCCGUUGGCGGCAGCAUCUGCGCCGUUGAAUGCUCAGGCCCUGGCCUUUGAAGACAUCCUGGCUUCGAUCGCGAGGGUCGAGGCACGCCUGGAUGCGGAGGGCCGUCAGCCCGUGAACGCGCCACCACGAUCGCGGCCUGAACCUGACCCGCCAUACGAUGGACCGUCGGGGUGGAGGAGAGGAUCACCGAAUCGGCAUCAUAUACCCACGGCGGCGGUCUCCACGACUGCGCUGCCGCAACUAGGGUUUGCGGGGCCGUCGACUACGCGGGGGCCGCAACGUUCGGCGCCGAUGGAUAGUUCUCCAUGGGAACCACCAGGAUACGGUGGCGCGCUUGUUCAGAACAACCAUCCAUCUGCAUGGGAUCAUCCGGCCGUUAGGCAGGAGGGGCGCUACGACGCGCGACCCUCGGCCUGGGAUCUUCCAUUGGGUGAGCGGGAUGGGGGACAGUAUUCGGACUCUAUGCGGUAUGAUCACCAACGCUAUGAGAAACCGCGCUAUGAAAAGAUGAAGCCACCUCGUUUCAACGGGUCCGAGGCGGUUAACUGGAUUUCGAGGGUUCAGUACUAUUUCAACCAUAUGGGCACGCCAGAGGAUCACCGUUUGCAUUACGUGGUCAUGAUGUUUGAGGGUCCGGCAUCGGAGUGGAUAUUUAACUACAGGGAUAAUAACCCGAAUGCGAACUGGGCGGAUUUCUUGGAGGAUGUGCGACGUCGCUUUGACCCGCAGUGUUUUCAGAAUUUUAUUGGGUUAAUCGCGAAGUUGUGUCAGACUGGGUCGCUAGCGGAGUAUAAUACCACUUUCGAGACCAUGUUGAAUCGGGUGAGAGGGGUACCUGAGUACAUUCUCCUUCCGAUCUAUAUAGAGGGCCUCACACAGCCUGUUAAGAACCAUGUGCGUCUUCAACAUCCGUCUUCGGUGGCAGCCGCAAUGGCUCUGGCGGUGGAGUGCGACGGCUGCAUCGAUCGGCCGCCGCCUGCAGGAGGUUUUUCUCGACGCACUGGGAAUCGUUAUGAGAACAGACAACUCGGCCAACCACCGCAAUUCGCCCUGCCGGCUCCCCAACAACAGGUUUCGCGCCCUCCUCAACAAAAGUUCUCCGAAUUUUCAAAACUUCCAGUGAUUCGGUUGUCACAGGCAGAAAAGUCAGAAAGAUCUCGCCUGGGUUUGUGUUGGUGGUGCCCAGAGAAGUGGGUAGCGGGCCAUAACUGUCGGGGGUGUUUCCUGGUGUACAUGGGCGCGGACGGUGAGUCGGAGGAGGAGAGUGAAGGGGAAGAGGUUCCUCACGACACACAGUUGGUUACGGCAGACAUAUCUCAUAUCUAUGCAUUGGAGGGUCGUCAAAAGGAGGACGCCAUCGAGCUGGUUGGGACUGUGGGAUCGAUGGAGGUUUGGAUUUUGGUGGAUACAGGAAGCUCACACGACUUUCUCCAUCCUCGGGUGGCUGAGCGCUUGGCCCUCCCGCUGCUGAAAGUUCGACCGUUCAGAGUAUAUGUUGGCAACGGCGAAUCACUCCUUUGUUCGUGGGUUAGUAAGCCAACGAGGAUUGUCGUCCAGAAGCAUGUGUUUCUGGUAGACCUGCACAUUUUGCCGGUGCAUGGGCCGGAUAUUAUUCUUGGGAGAGCGUGGCUGAAGUCACUCCGUCGUGUGACUAACGACUUUGACACAGACACGUUGGAGUUUGUGAAGAAUGGAGAGCAGAUCCGCCUGAAUUUGGUGCCACCGGCCGCCCAGACCGUCUCGCUGCGGCGUUUUUCUACCUUGCUCAAGCUGCAGGGUGUCGGCGAUGUGUUUGAGAUGGUACCUCUGCCUCAGCAGCAGCCCGCCGCCGCGGCAGUGGGGGAGGCGGGUGCUUUUCCGAGGGAUCUUCCGGAGGCUAUGUUAGCCGUGUUGGAGUCGCACAGCGUGGUGUUUGGGUUACCCACGGGGAUGCCACCGAAGCGCAUCUUUGAUCACAGGAUUCAUCUACUUCCUCAGACAAAGCCGAUCAAUGUACGGCCCUACAGAUAUCCGUACUUCCAGAAAACGGAGAUCGAGCGCCAGGUCAAAGAGAUGCUUGAUUCGGGUAUUAUUCGCCCAAGUCAAAGCCCGUUUUCGUCCCCGGUGUUGCUUAUACGGAAGAAUGAUGGGUCGUUCCGAUUUUGCAUUGAUUACAUGAGUUAUUUGACGAAUUGGGAUCGGCGAGGUUUUUCUCUAAGUUAG